GCAUUAAAUAGAAUCAUAAUAAAAUGGCGCCAGAUAGGUAGCUCUGGAAAAGAGAAGAGAAAGACAGCAAGCGGAAUGAGUAGAGGGCGCAGGAGAGGGUCAGGCCGUCCAGCAUCUAAUCUAGAAGGACUAGGAGUGCCUCCUGGAGAAAGGAUACCGCCUCCAUCACUAGAACCAUCUCCUCUCUUCCCGCCAUUAGACAAGAGGCCUCUAGACCUCACUGAUAAUGAACUAUACGUUGAAUUACUGGGAAAGAAAUCCUCCCUGAGGGUAGCCAUGCAAGAUUCUGUAUUCUAUUUAAGAAAGAGCCAAAGAGACCACGAACUGAACAUUGUCAGAUAUUCGGAUAAAUAUAAGACCAAAGAUGAAACGGACAUCAUGGAAAUACUAGCCAGUACGCCGUCAUGGCAACAAAGGUUACCUAAGGAACUGCAUCCCAAAACAAAGAGGACAAUAAAAAAGGCUCAAAGACACAAGAAAGCUUUAAAGCCAACCUCUGGUACCCAGUUUGGAACCAGCAAACUCAACAUUGCUGAUACAACCAGUCCUCCAUUAGGAGAUACCAUCACUGUGGGUAGUAUAGACCUGAUCAACAUUAGGGCUGGGUAUACUGAGGGGGAGGAGGAGGUAGGGGAGGAGGAGGAGGAGGAGGUGUACGAUGAGGAGGAGGAAGAGGAACAAGGAGAUUAUCAAUUAAGUUACUUUGAUCCAGGAGGGGAUGAUGUCAUGAUUGAUGAUGAUGAUGAAGAGGGCGGAGCUGGUGGAGAAUAUUAUUAAAUAAUAAUAAUAAUUUAAUUGCAGAGAUUUGUGUUUUAUUAUUUUAUUUAUUUCUAAAGAAUCAUAAACUAAUGACAACAUA